ACAUUGUGGCUGAUAAAUUAGAGUUAGUACGCUUAUCUGUGCAGAUUCUCGUUUUUAUAUAGUAAUAUAAGUAUCUGCAACAAUUAAAUGGAUUAUAAUAAUGUAUUAGUAUGAAAGUGUAUAUGUGUACAAAAAAGAAUAUCCGUUGACACGAAGUUGUCAGUAGCAGCACUUCGUUUCUACUUUCUUCAAGCCUGUUGACAUGCAGGGCGUCGUCAGUUGCAUACAUGAGACUCAGUCGCAUACAUGAGAGAGUUCUGUACAAGGAAAGUAAUGUAAACUGUGAGAAAAGAAGCUAUCAGCCUUUCUGAAUGAUAUUUCGAGGCUUAUGUUGCAAGUUCAGAUUUAUGGUUUCGCUUAUUCAUAGGCUGGCUACAAAUUAAGAAAUUCGAACUCUGCGGGUAGGAAAAAUAAUCAUCGCCGAGGAACGCGUCACAGGCAUACCGUGUCUCACAACGUCAAGAUGAGGCGUACACUAUCAGGCUCGUGUGCAAUUGGUGUUUUUGUAAUUGCGCUUGUCUGUGUUGCUGUGGCAUUUUGUGCACCAAGUUGGCUUGUUAGCGAUUAUAGAAUAACCGGUGCGAAGCUGAACCAAUUGGGGCUGUGGUCUCAUUGUUUUCGGUCCUUACCGCAACCAGAUGAUGAGUUCAUGAGAAGAUUUUUUGUUGGAUGCAGAUGGAUAUAUGACCCAUUCACAACUGGUUAUGAUGAGAUACAAGGAUUCCUCGUACCAGGUUUCAUGAUCGCGACACAGUUUUUCUUUACACUCUGUUUCCUAUGUAUUUUGGCUGCUUUCUUUUUGGUGUUACUUUAUUUCCUGUGUUGGGGACCAGAGCAGACACGUUAUAUUUUAUUAAUAAUUGCCAUAGGAGCACUGUUAAUGGCAGCAGGUAUAAAUGGUGGAAUAGCUGUAAUUGUGUUUGCUUCCCUUGGGAAUCGUAAUGAUUGGAUGCCUGGUCAGGAAAAUAAUUUCCUUGGUUGGGCAUUUGGACUGGCAGUUGUAGGUGUUGUAGCAGCUUUUGUCUCAGGAACCUUAUUUCUGGUAGAGGCAAACAUUCAACGCAAGAAGAGAAAACACAUACAGGAAUCUCAGUCAAGAUUUGAAAUGGAGCACGAGUCUAAGGCUUAAAAGUUUGUAAUCACAUUGGGAAAAAUAUCUCAGGCAGUUCCGUCCAUUUUUAAUUAGUUCUAUUUUGGUGAAAUAUAUGAAAGAUUAUAUUCUAGUUGUUUUUGUGUAUUCAUAUGUAAAGUGUUAAGUUAUAUAAGGGACCACUAACUUUACGUUUCAGAUGAGCCAUCUUAUCAAAGGUAAUUAUGAAUAUGUCCCAACAAGUACAAAGAAUUAUAAUUUUAAAAGUGAUCUGCAUUCUCUGUAUGUUUCAUCAACACUGAAGAUAAUGAUUCUCAGUAUCCUGACAUUAUGAACUUCAUAAACAAAAUCUCAUUUGUAAUAAAUGGCACAAAGUUUGCUGCUGUAUGGAGAAUUUAAUGAAUUAUUUGUAUGGUAAUAGGUUCUCCAUGUAUCAGGUGUACAUAAAUUUAAACUUUUGUGGUUUAUUGCUUGGUUUGAAAUUUAAUCAGUUUCUGACACACAUCAGUGAAGUUACCUCAAAUUAUUUCUCGUCUACAAGGUGAUAUAAGAAAUACAAUUUUGUGUAAGGAUGAUCUUUUCAUAACUUCAAACACUUAAUGUAAUAAUAAUCUUGAAGCCUACUUAACUGACUGGUCUUAAUAAAUAUGAUUUUUUUAUUAUUAUUGAGGCCCAUCAGCUUGUGAAAUGGGAAUGUAAUUUGUGGCACUAUGGACAAUUUUGAUUUUAGUAUGUUGAGCUGAACAGCUGAUAUCAAAAUUUCUCACAUUGCAAACAUUAAAGGUUUUCCUACAUGCCCAGUCUUGAUAUGCUCUUCAACACUGUAAUAUGUCAUGACUGUAUAUCGUUUUGUUUGAAAAUAAUAAGUAAGAAUUCUCAUGACUAUAUAUAUGCAAAACAUAUAGACUUACAUUGCUCAGUUAAUUUUUUUUCACUGGAAUGUAGACAAUGAAUUAUUUUUGUGUGAUUUAACAUUGUACAGUAUUUACCCCUAUUAAAGCUUUGUAUUUUUACACUUUUUAAAAGUUGUAUUGUGAAUGACUGACUAAGUUUGGAAACAUUGAUGAUAAGCUGUAGGGAAAUUAUAGGUGCCUGAUAAGCCGUCCACUGCAGGGAACUAUGCCAACUUGUGAUACAGUUUUGCAAUCAGUUUUUAAUUUUUUUAAAUAUUUACUGUGCACAUAGACAACAAGUAAGGUGGGGAGCAUUCUAAAAAACUGAAGUAGUGUGAAUGUAAGUGAGAGGAAAUAAGCUUAAUUAUUAUGAACAACAGGAGAAAAUUUGUAGAAGUGCAAACAGCUAUUGUGUGUCUCCUUCUACAGUUCUCUGUUGAGAUUGUAACUCAUAUAUGACUAAGUGAGUCGUGUAACUGAUGUUCUCACAAAAGUUAGCUCUGCUUUUGUAUUCGUUAAAGCAUAUGUCAGUAAAAUUUGUAACCACAGAUACAUGUAUCAAAAUUUUUAACUUUUAGCAGAGGACAUACUACAAAAUGAAUCGGAUUUUGUGUACCUUGUUUAUGAUCUAGCAGCUGAUCAAAGCAAUUACUGUGUGAUAUUUCAAUAGUUGCCACAGGCAGAAUAAUGACCCAUAUAAUGAGAACUAAAUAUAACAAUGUUAUGAAAAGGAUAGUUGCUACUCACCAUAUGGUGGAGAUGCUGAAUCGCAUAUAGGCAAAACAAAAAGACUGUCACAAACUAAGUGCGCCCCCCCCUCACACACACACACACACACACACACACACACAGUGUGCGUGCAAAGGCUGCACGUGUGUGUGUGUGUGUGGGGGGGGGGGGCAGCUCUAUUUUUUACAAAGGCCUUGUUAGCCAAAACCUUAUUUUCAUAAUGUUGUUACAUUCCAUCCUGGAUUUUCCAUUAUUUGAAGAACUAAAAUAUCUAGAAGAAUUUAUUACAAAACCUUAACUAAGAAGGGAAUGUUGGAAUAAAUCAGUGUUCUAGACUUUCAGCUAAUGUGACUAAUGGAGAAAAAGUACUUCUUUCGGCAUGUUUGCAGGGGGCCCAAAAUCUAAUUUAAGAUUCCCUGUGUAUUUUGUCUUGCCACCCCAUUUACUGCUUUAACUUUCAAGGAAAUGAACUGCCGAUUCUCUAGACAGUGGAUCUGUGUCAAUUUGUGUGUGCUUAAUCAACAACUUGUGUGUUCUAACCAAGAGGGGAUUUUCUACUCUUUGAACUGGGAGAACUAAUUUAUUGUCAUGGUGCAUAUCAUCCCUUCCCUAGUGGCUAUUAUACCAUUUUCAAUUAGUCCAUUUUAAAAGGUUCUGUAUAAUCUUAUCAGUAUCAUGUCCUUAAAAGACUAUUUUCAUUCCCAACAUGAUGGCAACAAUGCUAAUGUAUUCUUCUGAUACAACCAUUGGCUGUGAAAUGGGGAGAAGGCUUUUGUUGCAUAGAAACUAUACAAUCAGACAUUGUAUUCCUUACUACCUGAAGAAAUUUUUGUAUGCGGGAGGGGGGGGGGGAGGAGGAGGAAUCAUGUCACUACAGGAGUUCUUGACACACACAUAAAGUGGCAGUAUAUGUCAUAAAUCCUGGUAACUUUAGCUGUAGACCUAGCACUGAAAAACUGUUAACCUUGCAUGUAUUAGCAUCACACUGGUAUGACGUGAACUCACAACACUCGGUAUUAAGGGAUUAAGAGACCAUCUUGAAAUAUAACUUUCAAGGAUUUAAGAUACUACUUCCUUACAAUUUUAUUGUGAAUGCCAACUGUGAAUCUCUUCACAACUUCAUAUUGCACUUCAUGAUUGGUUGUUUAUUUGGGGGAGGGGACCAAACAGUGAGGUUAUCGGUCCGGUCACUUCAUGCUUCACAUGUUUAGAAUGUAUGACAUGUUAGUAAGUACCUCAAGUACUGAACAGUUAUGAAUUUACUGCUGCAGGUAAUCGGUGAGGUAACAAGUUUGAACCAUUAGGACUAUUCCAUGUGAUCAGUCUUUGUAUAAUGUAUAUUUUAUAAAUCCAAAAUGUAUCACCAAUUAUACCAUCAUGGGUUUUUCGAUGUCAUUUUUGUGUACUUGAGGUGACCUUAAUGCACCUCGUUUGUGCCUGUUGCAGAAACUUUUCAUUGUAAGCUGCUUGCAAGUGUGGUGGACAGUUCAAUUAUUAUUAAAAAUCCUCAUUCUUAUUGGUAUUUCUUCACUUCUACUUCAGUUACAAACUGUCAAGAUCUUAAUGCAAGACGUAUGCUGAUCUUUGUGCUCAACAAUUGCACACUCGUAGCCAUUUUUGUAGAGAAAUCUUUCCCAGUAUUUUAAUUUGUAAGUAUGCUUUCCCUACUGAGUUUAAGUAAUCAUGUCACUAUUUUUAUAAACUGUAUUUUGUAUGUAAUAAAUGUGUUCAUAUACAACCUU